AUGGAGUCGGAGACAGCAGAUUUGGUGGUGCUGGAAGAAUGGAACGGGAUUGCAUCAUCAAAACUUACCAAAACAGCCACCAUAACGAUCCCUCACAAAAAACCCACUUCCUCGUCUUCUUCUUCUUCAGCUCCUUCCAUUCAGAAAUCAAGCAGCCAAUUUAGUCAUAUCUCUGGCAGAAUUCUCCAAGCAUUUGUACCUGAGGCAAGCAUACACUUACCUUCUCGCUGGGUUUCUGUAAUCAACUUCAACUUUGCGAGUGGAUUUCCUAACAGUGUAACCCCAGACUACGUUCCUUUUCAAGUAUGGGACUUAUUACAGGGUCUCUCAACGUAUAUCCGCACAAUGUUAUCAACCCAGGCUCUUUUGAGUGCCAUUGGGGUUGGGGAGAAGUCAGCUACUGUAAUUGGGGCUACAUUUCAGUGGUUUCUGAGGGAUUUAACCGGAAUGCUUGGUGGUAUUCUGUUCACAUGCUACCAGGGUUCAAAUUUGGACAGCAAUGCAAAAAUGUGGCGUUUAGUUGCAGAUUUUAUGAAUGAUCUAGGAAUGUUGAUGGAUCUUCUUUCUCCACUCUUCCCUUCCGCAUUUAUUUUCGUUGUUUGCCUUGGGAGUUUAUCCAGGUCUUUUACUGGUGUUGCUAGUGGAGCCACUCGAGCUGCAUUGACGCAGCAUUUUGCUCUCCAGAAUAAUGCAGCCGACAUAUCCGCAAAGGAAGGAAGCCAAGAGACAGUUGCAACAAUGAUUGGGAUGGCUUUUGGAAUGAUCCUUGCACACAUCACAAUGGGACAUUCUCUAUCUAUAUGGAUAUGUUUCUUGUCCCUAACCUUGUUUCAUAUGUAUGCAAAUUAUAGGGCUGUUAGUUGUCUUUCUCUUAUUACACUCAACUGCCAAAGAAGCUCAACUGUUUUCUUGGAAUUCUUCAAGAACGGGCAAGUUCUCUCCCCAAAAGAGGUCUCAAGUUUGGAGCGAAUUUUGCCACUCUGGCUCACUCCUUGGAGCUCAAAAGUCAACUGUUUACAUUCACGUGUGCGCAUGGAUGUCCGGAUAUCUUCACUCAACAAUGAUGACUUGGGAGAACUGUCGCGUUUGGCUACAUCUCAUUACAAGAAAGCUAAGUAUUUGUUGCUUAAUAAAAGAGGAGUAAUCAGCAUUGUAAUGCACAAAGGCUCCACUGCUGCAGAUGUCUUGAAAGCAUUCAUUCAUUCACUCGUCAUGGCGAAACUUGUUGACGGAGGCAGCUCUGCUCAUUCGGAGAGUCAACAAUGGAUUAAUACUAACUAUGACAUCUUUCUUUUGAAGCUUCAAACCUCCGGAUGGAGAACAGAACGGCUUCUUUCACCAUCUGUAACCUGGAAGGCUAACUGGACACUGGCCUCUUCGAAUCGCAAAGUUGAAUGAGAACAAGGCAAUGAGGACGGCAACAGCCACAAUGAACAUAAACAGCAUUGCCCCAAGAGCCAAAUAUGUUCUCAUUGACGAUCUUCUGUAUUCACCAAAUAAAACUAUACCCCAGAAAGUACUCACAAGUGGAAGAGCCUGCACGGCAUCUGCUGCAGCAUAUCCUGCUGCUUGGCCUCCUAUGAACUGUAGACCAUUCCCGAAUCCGCACAGAAGUCCUGCCAAUAAUGCCAAACCCCUGCCAUUCCAGUCUGAUAGGUAGGCUUUAAAUGAGGACUUUGAAGUGUUGAGUAUCGGGCGGAAGAGGAAAGUGAUGUUCAAAA